CUCUCAACCAUCUCGGGCACCUUUCGUCGGGUCACGGACAAUGCCGCCGAGUACAUCGACAAGGGCGUCGACAAGGCCUCCGAGGUCGUUCGCGAGAGGCUGGCGACGGUCGACUGGCUGCCUGACAUCUCGCUGGCUCUGGAUAUGGAGAGGCGUGGCUUCAUUGUCUUCAUCGUGUGCAAUGCACCUGAAGACGAGGCCGCAGUCAAGUCCUUUUCUCGUGCUGACAUUAUGCCCCUCACCAUUGAUACCACAAAUCCUCCCAAUGCCGGCCUGGCCAUCGAGCGCUUUGCUCACUUCCUCACAUCUCCCAGAGCUCCCGGACCCAACAUCAAGCCCAACCAGCUGACGCUCAAAUCCGUCUUCUUGAUCCCCAGCCUUCACUACCAGACCUCUCCCAUCGCCACCAUCCCGCCAUCAGCCUUUGCCGACCUCUUCAACACCCACCUGCUGCAGCCCAUCCUCACCAUCCAGACAUUCCUCCCGCUGCUCACAUCAAGGCUUGGCCCCAUCGGAGAGAAAUGGGUUCCUCCCAAGGUCCUCGUCUUCACCCCCUCCAUCAUCUCUUCCAUCAACCCGCCCUUCCACGCCCCCGAAGCUACAGUCUGCUCCGCUCUGUCGGCCUUCACCGAGGUCCUGACGGCCGAACUGCGACCUCUCGACAUCCCCGUGACCCACAUGCAGCUCGGUACCUUCGACUUCUCCGGCUUCGUGCCGAUCCGCACCGGCUCGCCAACCCAGGGCCUGGUGACCAGCGCAGGAAACCCCGAGGACACGCUCGUCUGGCCCGACGGUGCUAGACACGUCUACGGACGAAACUUCGUCGCCCAGACCGCGUCGGCCAUCUCCGGAGCCCGCAUCCGAGGCCUCAAGGGUAGCUCCCUGCGACACCUCCACGCCACUGUCUUCGACGUCAUCGACGGCUCCGUCAAGUCUGACACCGUUCGCAUUGGCCUCGGCGCCAGCAUCUACGGAUUCGUCGGACGAUGGGCUCCCCGAAGCAUCGUCUCUUGGAUGAUGGGCAUCCGCAAGGUCGACGAGCUGUCCACCUGGAAGACGAGCUCGUACGAGGGCUCCGAGGACGGCAGCGACGACGGCGAGGAGGGCGGCGAGGGAUCCAUCUCCGAGUCCAAGGAGUUUAUCGCCGUCCAGUCUGAGGGCAACGUCUGGAACUCGGGCGAGACGGCCAAGUGGGAUCAGCCUCCUUCUGAUUCCCCCGCUCCUUGA